AGUGCAGUGACUUAUGAGGACGUGCAUGUGAACUUCACUCAGGAAGAGUGGGCUUUGCUGGAUCCUUCCCAGAAGAAGCUCUACAAAGAUGUCAUGCUGGAGACCUACAGGAACCUCAGUGCUGUGGGAUUUAAUUGGGAAGAUGAAAACUUUGAAGAAUGUUGUCAAAGAUCUAUAAGAUUCAGAAGGCGUGAAAGAAGUCAGAGUGCAGAGAAACCCUCUGAAUAUACUCAGUGUGGUAAAGCCUUUGCUUUACAUGCUCAUAGUGAUGCUGAAAGGCAUGAAAGGAUUCAUACAGAAAAGAAACCCUCUGAAGUUAUUCAGUGUGUUGAAGCCUUUGUACCUUACACAAGUCUCCAAAUACAUAAAAGAACACAAACUGGACAGAAACCCUAUGAAUGCAAUCAAUGUGGUAAAGCUUUUGCAAAACACAGUAGCCUCCAGACACACAGAAGAGUUCAUGCUGGAGAGAAACCCUACAGAUGUGGUCAGUGUGGUAAAGCUUUCUUAAACCCCCGGACUCUUCACAUACAUAAAAGAAUUCAUACUGGAGAGAAACCCUACAAAUGUAAUGAGUGUGAUAAAGCCUUUUUACAACACUGUAACCUCAAGAUACAUAAGAGAAUACAUACUGGAGAGAAACCCUACAAAUGUAAUCAGUGUGAUAAAGCCUUUUCACAACAAGGCAGCCUCCAGACACAUAGAAGUGUUCAUACUGGAGAGAAACCGUAUAAAUGUAAUCAAUGUGGCAAAGCCUAUUCCCAAAACAGUACUCUCCAAAUACAUAAAAGAACACAUACUGGAGAGAGCCCCUACAAAUGUAAUGAAUGUGAUAAAGCCUUUUCACAACACUGUAACCUCCAGAAGCAUAAAAGAAUACAUACUGGAGAGAGACCCUACAAAUGUAAUCAGUGUGACAAAGCCUUUUCUCAACAUCUUGGUCUCCAAAGGCAUAAAAGAAUUCAUACCGGGGAGAAACCCUACAAAUGUGAUGAAUGUUAUAAAUCCUUUUCACGACAAAAUAGGCUCAAGACACAUAAAAGAACUCACACUGGAGAGAAACCCUACAAAUGUAAUGAAUGA